GUAAAAUGUCAUUUCUCAAAUCGACUUCGUAGGUUCGUUUCUGGCCAAGAACAAACUUCUAUGGCUCACGCUUGGAGGCAACGAAUGCUUGAUGACUUGAUGGUCGAAGCAAAGUACAGUGGGCACAACCCAUCAGACAGUCAAAGACGAACAGACCAAUCAAAUACGCCAUACGUACCCAACCCGAGAGAGCAUAUUCUUUUCCCUCCUCACGUUCUCGGACUCUCUUGAGCUUGUUUCUUCGGCGUUCGCUUUCUCUCUUCAUUUCCACUUCCCUUGCCCGUCUAUUUGUUCUUCCUCGGUUAAGUUCUCCAAGAACUCUUCAAGGUACAGUUCUGCUAAUUGCUACGUAAGGGUCUAAUUUCUUCUUUCCAAUUAUGGGCUGCUAGUGAGAGGUUAGGGUAUCUUAUAUGAAGUAAAUAUUUCACAUGUUUGGUCGAUCUAUUUGUUAUGGGAAGGGUGAAUGUUUGGUAUCUUCAUUCUUGAAAAACUGAAAAGAGGGAAACUGGGCUACUACUACCUACUGGUUUUGCUUGCUUUUGGGCUUUUAUGAGAAAUUACUGUUAUUUUCACUAAUUUUUCCUUUGUUGGUCGGAGAUUUUUUUAUAGCCGAGCAUAGCCAAACAGCCCCCGAGUUGAAUUGGCAUCAUUCUUAUUGAAUUGCAUAAAUGCUCUUGUCAACAUUACGAACAUCUAUAGUUCUCUAAAUUGUCAUGAUCCAUCGUGCGAGGGCCUGAAAAGUUACAAUUUUUAAUGACUAAAAUGAGAGGAGAGAGGGAAGGAGAGAAGAACAUGAAGGGAAUAGAGUGAGAGAAUUAGAACAGAGGAUGCACAACUGAAUUACUGAAAUCAUAAUCUGAAUAAAAGUUAAGCGUAUAUUCUAUUUAUAGGCUCAAUACCUCAAUUACUCUAAUGGUCAUUUCUUAUCAUUUCCUUAACUAGCUUUAUACCCCAGAUACCUCAACAGGAACAUUUGGCUACUAUGGAUUGGAAAAAAGUAAUCUACUCUGGAGUCAGGGCUUUUCUUUCUUUCUUUCUUUCAUUGUAUUCUUAGGAACUGUACUUCGAAAUCCCUUCUUUCUUCACCAGGCGAGGGGGAUGAAUUUCCUAUUUCUCAUGCAGUUUGAAUUAACUUCUCAUCCUAUGUUUAUUCAAGUCGCUGAUGCUAAUGUGAUUGAUCCUGAAGCUGUGAUUUUUUUUGGACCUCGAAUCCUGAAGCUGUGUUUAAAUGUUACUUGUAUAUGUAGUGAUUUUAGUGCAUAACUAGUAUUAAUUUUAAAGAUAGAUGUCAUAGGUGAAUUUGAUAUACAAAGGAGCUCAGAAGUGUGAUGAGAAUUCAUAUCUAAAGCUAUUGACCUAAUGGAUAGGAAACAGCAUAUUGCAAUUUUCACCACUGCCAGCCUUCCAUGGUUGACUGGUACUGCUGUGAAUCCUCUGUUUCGUGCUGCGUAUCUUUCUAAAGAUGGAAAAAAUGAUGUCACUUUGGUGAUCCCUUGGAUAUCUUUGAAAGAUCAGGGACUAGUGUAUCCAAAUAAUAUUACAUUCACUUCACCUGUAGAGCAAGAGAAAUAUGUCCACUGUUGGCUUGAAGAGAGGAUUGGGUUUGCAUCUUGUUUCAGUAUACGGUUCUAUCCUGGAAAGUAUUCUAGAGAUAAAAGAAGUAUCAUUGGAGUUGGAGAUAUUUCAGAAGCUAUCCCUGAUGAAGAGGCAGAUAUUGCUGUUCUGGAGGAGCCUGAGCACCUGACGUGGUUUUAUCAUGGGAAAAGAUGGAAGAAUAAAUUCCGGCUAGUUAUAGGUAUUAUUCACACAAAUUAUGUGGAAUAUGUGAAGAGAGAGACUGAAGGAAGAAUGCAAGCAUUUUUACUCAAACAUGUAAACAAAUGGCUUGUUGACAUUUACUGUCACAAGGUUAUUAGACUUUCUGCUGCCACGCAGGACUAUGGUGGUUCCAUCAUAUGUAACGUCCAUGGAGUGAACCCCAAAUGCCUUGCCAUUGGUAAGAAAAAGAUGGAACAACUGCAGAAUGGAGAUCUUGCCUUUAACAAAGGUGCCUACUAUAUUGGGAAGAUGGUAUGGAGUAAAGGCUACAAGGAGCUGAUCAAAAUUCUCAUUGACCACCAAAAGGAUGUAGUAGGGCUUGAGGUUGAUUUGUUUGGUAGUGGAGAAGAUUCAUAUGAAGUUCGAGAAGCUGUGAAAAACUUGGACUUGAUAGUUAGAGUUCACCCAGCACGUGAUCAUGUUGAUCCUAUAUUUCAUGAUUACAAAUUGUUUUUGAAUCCAAGCACAACAGACGUGGUUUGCACAACGACAGCAGAAGCUUUAGCAAUGGGCAAAAUUGUUGUAUGUGCCAACCAUCCCUCAAAUGACUUCUUCAAGCAGUUUCCAAACUGUAAGACAUAUGAUGAUGGCAAUGGGUUUGUUAAAGCAACAGCUGAAGCACUUACUGAAAACCCUGCCCUGCUUACUGAUGCUCAGAGAUAUGAGCUAUCAUGGGAGGCUGCCACAAAACGGUUUCUGGAGGCCGUGGAGUUGGACAAUCAUUUUGUAAGAAAAUUUUCAGGGAGUUCUUCUAGAGACUGUAUGUCUGCGUCUUCAUAUUUGCAAAGAAAACUGCAAGAUACAUCAGCAUGUCUCCAUCAAGUAGCUUCAGGGUGUGAAGUUUUUAGAAGAUUAUUUGGUGCAAUUCCAGGUAGCUUGCAACCUGAUGAAGAGUUAUGCAAGGACCUUGGAUUAGCCAUUCAUUCAUAGAAGCAAAGGUGAAACUAAUGUUAGAAUGUAAUGACCAUUUUGAGUUGUCCAUGUCCUAGAGGUUCAGAAUGGUUUAUAGAUGGCAAGGAUCCCUUUCUCGUCACUUUGGACAAGAUCUAUUGCCUGGAAAUUUUAUCUUUACAGAUGGCAUCCCUUUGUAUCGAAUUGAUCUACGGGCAGCAUUUAUUAGAAGAGGGAAACAAAAAUUCUGAAGCAAAGCCUUUGUAACUUGGCAAGUGCGAAGAAUUACGUGAGUGAGACUCGUUAGAUGUUGUCUUUCCUGUGAACACAGAUGAUAUAAACUGCACCUUACAUGCUAAAUAAGACACUGUAAUGGGAAGUUUAUGCUCACGCUGUAAACUUGCAGUGGGAAGUUUGCCUUUUCUCUUCGAUUGAAGAUGUGUCCAAUUCUUCAGGUGCUUUUUUAUCCUUAAAUACCAACUCAGUUCUUGAAUCCUU